CGAAUGUAUUAAUUGGUUUUAUUUGCUGAUCAGUUACCUAAUUUAUUCGUGUACAGUUCAAUGUAAAACAUUGCGCGUAUAUUUUUUUUUUCACGGACUAAUAGUUUUACGAAUUUAAACUAUGUGAUGCACGAAUCUUAUGAUUUUGUAUUUUAAAUGUGUUUGUUAAAUAUUUAACUUGGAACUGUAUUGCCAAUAGAAUACAUCAUUUUAUUUAAUUGAUACCUUAUUUGGUACUCAUAUUGUGAAUAUAUGUAUUUUUUGUUUAGUGAGAUUUUUAAUAUUGAACGGCAGCUGACAAACCGCAUAAAAUGAAUUGGUUUUCUGGAAAUAAUGAAAACAAGUAAGUGUAUUGAUAUUUUUGAUGGUUUCACAAAACAUUAUGCUAGUUAAUUUCUAAAAGCAUUAUAAUAAAUGUUUUGUUUUUGAUCAUUUUUAUAAAUAUACUGAGAUUACAUAUUUCACAGUUACCGAAAGUCAAAUUUGUUUUUCGAUUUUUGUUCGAAAAUCGUAUUAAAAAUCGCUAUGACAACAACGGUCAUUUAUCGUAUACUUAUAAAUAUUGAGUUAUUAUAAGUAAUAACUGAACACAUAUUAUGACUUUUAUAAAAAAAAUUAUUACGAGUUUUCACUGGUUUACGAUGAUUUUAAAAUUUAUGUCAUUGCUAUUAAUGCUGAUAUUUUGUUUUUUUUCCACGUUAGUGAAAAAUAUAUUAGCAUUAGGUACAAUAAGCAGUAUAUAAUAUUUUAAUUGUUAAUAUAAUCGCCCCUGUAUUAUUUUGUUUUACUAUAUAAAAAAAAAAAAUCAAUCUAUAUAAGGUACACGUUCAAAAUGCUUUUAACAUCGUAGAAAUGUAUUAUAGAUAUUUUAUUUUGUUACUAGGUUUUGCUCAAUAUUUACAAUACGGUUAUAAUUUUUUUUUUUUUUUUUUUUAUGGUAGUUUUCAUAAUUUGAACACAAAUUUUAAAAUGUUUAUUUCACAGAUAAAGAGAAACCGUUUUUGACACAUUUUGGAAAUUGAUUAUUUCUUACUUAAUAUUAAACUUUGGACUGCAGUAUUGUAUAGAUAUGAGAGUAAGUGACGUAAUUUGGGGUAGGUCUUGCGAGAAAAUGAACAAAUUUUGAAAAUUGUAUAGAAGUCGGGGGUACAAACUUAUUAGCUAUGACUUAUUCUCAGGGGAAAGUGUGUAGAGUUUAGAAGAAAAACGAUUAUCACAACAACAAGAUAAUUAGGAGAUAAGUGGUAGAUAGAAUUUUAGAUAUUAAUAACAAAUAAAAUGUAAAAUUUAUAAUACAAAUAUUUACUCUCCUUGGCCUACAGAGAAAUUUAAUUCACUACUUACGUACUUUCGAUCUAUCGGGACAUGUCUAUGGAUUUUCAGAAUAGCAAAUCCAUUAAAUCGAUUUUAAUGAACAAAAUAUUUGGUUAUUAGGUUUGUUAUGUUUAUAAAGAACCUAUUCUAAUUUUCAAUUAUAAAUGUACCUCUGACAUCGUAUUUCGCAAGUAUGUUUUGAUCAUGUUUAAAGUGGAACAUAUAUGUUCAUGCAUAAUAGUCGAUACGGAUAAUGUACAUAAUAAUACUUAUUUAAAAAAAAAAAGACCAAUUAGGGGGAUUUGACCCCCGACCCCCUCCCCCUCCUAUGAAUACGCCACUGAUUAGAAUGUAUGACUCUGACUCUGAUUUCGCUAUCAAUUUUUAUAAUAUUCAGAACUCGCGAGAUUAAAAAACAAAUAAAAAAAGGCACCUAAAAUAGGUUAAUACUUUGAACUGUUUAUUAAACCACAUAUAGACCCAUAUAGAUUAUAGACGUAUUUACAAUAACUUUCAAUUUUAAAAAAUUGAAUGAAUUAUAAUGUAUUAUUGACUAUUAAAAAUAUUAUAGAUUUUUAAAAUUUUUACCUUUACUGUUGAUAUGAAUAAUUUCAGAAAAGUUCUCAAUGACGAUUUACUGUAUCCCAUCCAUGCCUUCAUUAUACAGUAUUUAACCUAAAAAUAUGAUAAUUUGAUUACAGUUUAUUUUGUUUGAAUGCAUAUUUUUUCAUGUUUCAGGCCGUUAUUGAACAAAGCUAAAACAAAUUUGAAGAAUAACCGGACAUGGAUUCUCCGAGCGAUUUUCCUUAGUAUUCUAUUACUUGGUGUUCUUUAUCUUCUGUUCGUUCUAUUCAAAGGUGAAGCAGAAUCUAAUAAUGUCAUAAAGGUAUACUCAUCGUCAUUUUAUAGUGGUAAAAUAAACAAUGGUAAACAAUUUCAUCAAAAAUUGUUAAAUAAAUCAAAUAAGGAUUUAUAUUAUCGUAUUAUUUUAUGUUGAACCAUAAAUACCACAACUUUUUAAAUUUCAUAAAAAAAUAAAGUUAUAAUAUAUUAUACUCAUAAAUAUAAAUAACAUCAUAAUAUGAAAAUAAUUGUUUUAUGAAAUCUCGCUAAACUCUGGUGUAUAUGUUCACUAUUAAAAAUAUCAAAUUUUAAAUGUAAAAUAAUCGAAGUAUUAUUGAAUUUUGUGCUUAUUAAUUCUCCUUAUUAUUAUAAAUUUUCUAAUGAAAUUUGCAUUCUGUAGUAUUACCUAUUUUAUUAUUCUAAGAAUGCGUGGACUGUACAAUUGUAUCAUAGUUCAUGCAAGGUUCGUAAUGAUAUAACUCGUUUUGUUAGAUAAGUAUAAUUUAUCUGAUUAAUGAUUCGGAACAGAUCAAAGUAUUGUAUUAGUGUUAAACAAAUCCUAAGCAGAGUGAAGGGGUUAUUUUAUAAUAACCGUUGUUAUAAUACAAUUGAAUUUACAAACAAAUUGGCAGUUAUUUAUUCAUUAUAUGAAAAUCGUGGGACCUAUCUAAAUUGGAUCUAUCUUUUCAAAGAGCAAAAUUAUUUAAAAUUACUUUAGAUGCAUUUAGAUACUUCUAUUAUGAAUACUCAAAAGAACUACAAGACGUUUUGAAGCGUAACUUUUUUUUGGUCCCUUUAUAGGGGAUGAAAAACUUCUCUUGAGCGCGUUGCUAUUGAAACCAUAGCACUUUAAAUAAAAAAUGUAUACUUGGAAAUAAAUCGAAAUUAGUUGUUUAAAAAUCUACCGAAUUGUAUUAAUUCUAAAAAUAAUUCAUAAGAGUUCUGGAAUCCUGUACCUCCUCCACCUUUUCCCAGACUAAGGCCUUGGUCUAGUGUUUUGAAUUGGAUGUUAUAUUUAUGACCUAUUCGAAUUGAGACUGUUUAAAGAACUCGGUUACAGUAUUAUUUUAAAUAUAAAUUUAAAAUGGUAAUUUUCAGAUAUUUUCGUCGAAAAAUUUACAUAAGUGACGGAAUUGAAUAAUUUAUAUGUCAUGCAAAUAAUAAUAUACAACUAUUAAUCAUUAUACACGAGUAUGUGAUAAUAUAUGGCUUAAUGAUUCUUUCAAUAAUCAGUUCAAGUCUUUCGAUUUUCAGAAAACAACCAGUUACUUACUGGCGUUACUUGUUAUUUAUAAAAGCCUAAUAUUGUAAAAUAUUGAAUUUAACAACCCAAACCAAAAACCAUAACCAUAAAACCGAAUGCAUAACAUAAACGAUACAAUAUGAUAUGCUACCGAAUUACUUACAAUUGACAGUUUAUUAUUAAAUUAUUACAGACCACGAAGAAUCCACUACAUAUUUCGAGUAAAGCAACAACUAACGACAAUUACUUGAUCCAAUGUGCCCCACGUGUAAAAUGCGAUCCGAAUGUCAAAUAUAGGAGUAUAAAUGGGUCUUGUAAUAAUCUGUACGUGCCCACACGGGGCGCAGCGAAAACAUCAUUUCUCCGUUUGCUCGACGCUAAUUACAAUGAUGGUAAAAUCGAUUUUAUAUUAAACAAAUGUGUUUUAUCAAGCAGGUCGGUCGGGUUGCAAAUUGUAAGCCCGACUUUAUAACUUUAUAACUUUUUGACUUUUAUAAUUCAAAAAACAAAACAAGCCACAACGUAAUUCUCGUUUUGAGCUUUGCCUUUUUUUUUGUUUUUAAUGAAAUUUUUAAAAGAGAAACAAUACGCGGUAAAUUAAAAUUAGGCAUUAUUUUUCAUGUGGUAGAAAAUACUAAUGACUAAUAUCAAAAUAAAAGCUCAUCGUAUGUAAUCAAUUACAUAUGAAUGUAUAAAUAUAUAAUCAAUCUUAUAAAUUAUAAUUCGUUUGCCUAAUUUUCCCAGAAUACAAAGACUGUGUUUGUUACAUUGUGUAGAUUUAUUUUUAAAAUAUAUUAUAUAACUAUGUAUAUUUUUGACAAUUCUAACAACUCUCUUUGGGCACUAAAUCAAAUAAAUUUAAACUAGUGAAUUAGAGUUGUUUUCAGGUGAAUUGCUCGAUUGAAGUGAUAAAAGUUGGAUUUAUUUUCUAUAUUCAGCUUGUUGUGGUGGGAGAGAGGUGUUUUUGAAAUUUUAACGCAUCUGCAUAACCUCGAAAUUAAGUAAGCGGGUUCAGUUUUCUACACAGGAUGGAAGAUUUCUACAAUACAAAAUAAAUUGAUAGAAAUUCGUUUGAAAUAAAGGAGUUCUGCUGCUCACGCACAAGCGCGCUCGCAGGAUAAAAUCGGCAAAACGGGGACAAUGUUUUAUUCUAAAAAUACUUUAUAUUGUUAUGAUAAAAUGUUAUGUCAUUAUGCGAGAUAAAAUUAUAUACAGUUGAAAAUCUCAGGGAGGCUCCUUUUGCUCACCCUGUGGGUGCCUUUGCUCGCAUGUGAUUUAAUAUUCCUAUAAAUUUAUUUUUAUAUAAUAUACUGAAACAAAACAAAGAAGAUAGGUAACAUAAGAUUUGUAAGGUCUGUGAUUUUUUUCUCAUCAAAAAACUCAAAAAAAUGACAAUUAUUAUUUAAUGAUAUAUUCUUAUAUGUCAUGGUUCUCGAUUUAACAUUUCUUUAUUCAAAACCUAGAGUGUAUUGUUUAACUUGUAAUGUUAUUUAAUUUAAUGUUUAAUUAUAAUUUAUUAUUAACAAACAAUAUUGUUGUAUUAUACUCAUAAGGUCAUUACGAUUUUCGAAGACAAACAAAUGGAAGCAAAUUACCGAAUCCCCGGAUAAUUAAUAUUAAACUCUUUUUAAGUAGAGAAAUCUAUCGUCUUAGUGAAAACAAUGUGCUCUUAUUGCCAUUCGGACAACUGAUAGCACACGAUAUAUCAGGUUUACCAAACGAUGUCCCGAGAACCCCAAAUGGUAAGCCGAUAUUUUAUAUACUGUUUAAUUUUAGAUUCUGAAUGGAGCGAAGAAAUUUAGGGUUUUACAAAGAUAUUUAUUUUUUUUUUUUUUUUAUCUUUGCGCGACUUUUCUGCCAGAAGACUUGCUCGAAUUUCUACGUGUAGCACCUUUUCUGAGAGAAAAUCGACGUAGGGAAGUACAUUAAGGAGAUUUCAUUUUUCGAUUUUCUCAUCAAAUGCAAAAAACCGAAAAAAAAAACGGAAAAAUUUACGAAAUAAAUAUAAUUUACGAUUUUCUCUUUUCUUUGGACAACUUUUCUACCAGCAAUUUUGCUUCAACCUUUAGUGAUAGCAAUGUUUCUGAAAGGAAAUUUCACUAGGGAGGUACUUUAGAGAGAUCAUUUUUUGAUUUUUCACGAAAGUUUUUCCAGCAAAUGAGAAAAACCGAGAUAAAAUAUGGGAAACCCGGGAAAAAUAUUGGGAAAUCGGUACAACAUUAUACAAAUUUUACUAAAGAAAAUACAUAGACUAUUUAAUUAUUUUGUUUACUAUAACAUGAUAUAUAUAUAUUGUUGACAAAGCAUUACUAUCAACUGAACUCCGCUCAGAAUCGUUUUUUCGUAAGCAAUGGUCUAUUGUUGCUUACAGAUUAACAUUAAAUUCCCGUCUUUAUCCUACCUUCCCAACUUUCCACCUAUAUCAGUGGCUGCACCCGUCCCUAUUAUCUUACCUUUCUCUUUUAUUUUAAUUUUCUAUUAUAAAUUUGCACUAUAUAUUUCGUAUAAUAUACAGACGUAAUAAUCGACUGUUGUACCGAUGAUAAUGCGAGAAAAACCUUCGCUCAGUGUCAAUUAAUAGUUGAAGAUCCCCCCGACGACCCUGUUUACAGCAAGCACAAUAUAACGUGCAUGGGAGUUACACGAUCAAUGACAUCGAUGAAUUAUAGCUGUCCGUUAAGUCCCACAACGUUUGUACGUCGAGUUCAUUUUUACUCGGGUAUUUUUAACUUGUAUGUAAAAAAUUAUUGUACUCGUGAUUUUAGAUAAACAUCAAUACUCAAUUCAUAGAUGCGUCUGAAGUUUAUGGAUCAAACGAAAGUAUUAGCCGCUACCUCAGAGUCAUGGAAGGCGGAAGGCUUAAAUUUACGACGAACAACAACGGUGAAAUGUUUUGUCCAAUCCAGAAAAAAAAGCAAUAUGAACCUAUACAACUUCAAACUUCCAACAUCCAAUACGAAACAGGUUCGUUUUAUAAAAAAUGACUAGAUACGAUUUGAUGAUUGUCACUUUUGUAACUUAGAACAAAUUUCAAUAAUUUAUUAAAUUUUCGAGUUUUUAGAUUCUGAGCGAAGCAAGGAAUGUAUUGAUUUUACUAUGAUGUAAAAAAAUUAAAAUAAAACAUAUGCUAUUUUGUGCAUACAAAUUUUUGACCGAACAGAAAUAUUUAAAAAGUUAACAAGAAGUUUAUUACAAGUUAUACUUAGUGGUUAAAAAAACAAUUUAAAUCUAAUGUAGUAAGUUUUUCAUAAUGGUUUUAAAAUAAAAUGAUGAUGCAAAUCUAAAAUAUUACGGCCUUUCAAGUCAUAUCUAAACAAACUUCGCUCAGAAUCGUUUUUCGUAUUCGAAAGAUUGUAAUCGUUGCUACAAAUAUAAAUUAAUUAACUUUGUGUAUCUUACCUUUCCAACUUCCCACCUAAAACAGCGGUCAGUGGUGCAACCAGGAUUUUUUGAAGGAGAGGGUGUCACAUGUUUACAUUGUACACUGCAGACAGUAGCACAUAAAUCAGUAAUAUCAGCUAUUUCUUCUAAUUUGCUUCGUAUGAUAAAUGAUUUUAGAUUCUGAGCGGAACAAGGAAUAUUUUACAAUGAUGUUUAUUUUUUUUUGUACCAGAAAUCUUGCUCCAAUUUCCCAAUUUUCUCCGAAGUGUAGCACCUUUCCUGAAAGGAAAUUUUAUUUGAGUUAUAGUUUAAGUAGUUCAAUUUUUGAUCUUCCAACGUAAGGAAAAACGGAAUAAUUUACAAAAUAUAUUAUUUUCAAUUAUGUGUUUUUGUUAUAAUUCAGUUAAAAAUUCUCAGAGACUUGAAAUUUGGAUAAAAACUUAUAAGUACUUGUUUUUUCUGGACGUGGUAAAAUUUUCAAAAUGUUUUGGUUAUUUUUGAGCUAUUUAAUUAGCUAAGUAUUUAUUAGGUAGGUAUUCUAUGACUAAAAUUAUUAUACAUAAAUGCUUGGAAAUUUACUAGGAGGUUCAUUAUAAGUAGUACUUUGUGGUAAAAAAUAAAUUUAGUUCAAUGUAUCUUGUACUUUUUUUUUUUUAUAAUAAUUUCAAUAUCCAAUUUUGACGAAAAUGGUAAAUAUUACGGCCUUUCAAAACGUGUAUAACCGAACUGUGCAACAAAUAGUUUUCGUUAGCAAUGGUUUUACGUUACAGAUUUAUAUUUAUUCCCCUUUACAUCCUUUCCUUUCAAGCAUUUCUGUUCAGCCAAACAAUUUUCUAAACAACUCGAAAAUGUCAAAUUUCCAUAAAUAGGUCAAACAUUUUCAGAAUAUUUUGAACAUUUUACCAUGUCUAGAAUAAGCUAAUAUAACUCUUCUCUAUUUUGAACCGAAAAAAAAACAAAACUGAAUAUAAUAAAACCGUUAAUGUCGUUAGAUUUUCGUUUUUCCUACGUUUUUUUUUAAUUAUAGGUGUUAGAAAAGGAAAAUCAAAAAUUAUUUUUUUUUAUUAGAGCAAGAUUUCUGGUAGAAAAGUUGUCUACAGAUACUGAAACUAAAAAUUAAAUAAAUAAAUAAGUAUACUUCAUGAUAGAACUAAUAUAUUCAUGGCUUCACUCAAAACCUAAAUAAAAAGCACAUUCAAUAUAAUAAAACCAAUAAUUUCCUUGCUGUGCUCAGAAUCUAAAAUUAUAUUGAUUUAAAGUGAAAUUUCCCUAACAAAUUCAAAAUGUUUUUCAAAAUCCAUGUGAUUAUUAUGUGAUAACUUAUAAAUAAUAAAAUGUAUAGGUAUAAUUUAAUAUACCUACCUAUUUUGUAUGAUGUAUACAAAAUUUUAAUAACCGUCCAAUAUAUUUGAUAAUUUUCACAGGGGAUCCGGACAACGGAAAUCAAAAUUUAGGAAUAACAGCAAUACAAACUUUAUUUUUAAGGUAUCACAAUUAUUUAGCUUUUCAACUGUCGGCUUUAAAUCCAUACUGGUCCGAUGAAAUUCUCUAUCAAGAAUCACGAAGAAUCGUUAUUGCUACUAUUCAACGAAUCGUGUAUAACGAUUUCUUGCCGAUAAUUAUUGGUGCGCUUAGAAUCGAUAAUAAUAUGAUUAAAAUUAGAAACCUUUAAUAUGUUUUACUGUAAAUCCAAUUUUUUUUUUUUUUAAAUUUAGGACAAGAUUUUCAAGAAAUCUACGGAAUUAACGAAGAAAAUAUCUACGAUCCGACUGUUGAUCCUUCAAUGGCUCAAGAAUUGUCGAGUGCUGCUAUCCGUGUUCUUCACACUAUUAUACCUGUGCAAUUCAAGUGAGUAUUCAUAGUGAGCUAUAUAGCUUAUUAUGUUUUGAAAACAAAAUAUUACACAAAAACUGUGAUUUAGUAUUCUUUUUAAUUUUAUAGUUUUAUGUCCAAUGAAUAUAACAUAGAUUAUUCAAUAAACAUUACGGAUUGGAUGGCAAAUCCAGAUUUAUUACCUAUUGGUAAUAACUUCGAUAAAUUGUUUAAGGGGUUUUUGGAGACACCGGGUCGAAUAACUCAGCCUUCCUACAAUUUCUUUGUAAUUUUAAAUGUUUUCUAAUAUUAUUAAUUAUUAUUAUUAAUAUAUAUUUUGUUUUGGAUUUAUAUAGAUAUCAAACUAUAUGUUUUCUUUCCCUAAGCAACCUGCGUAUACUGGACUUGAUUUACUGUCAAUCGAUAUUGCACGGGGACGAGAUGUGGGUUUACAGCCUUACAAUCAGGUCAGACAUUUAUGUGGACGUUCGUUGGCCAACGAUUUUGAUGAUUUAGUGGACUUGAUACAUAUAAAAGUAAAAUUAAUUUGUAUUAUUAAAUAAUCACUCAAUAAUAUUUUUAUUAUACACAGGACUCGGCACUUAUUCGUCUACACCCGAUCGAAUACCUAUAUUACGAGUAUUUAACAAUAUUAUUUACCAGCUGCCCCGUACUUUGUCCGUACACAAUAUUGAAUGAAUAAAACAAAAUAAAAAUGCGUGUUCUCAUGUCCUCCGUCGUGCAUUGUCAUUAUAGUUUAUCGGUGUUGCCCGACAAAUUAUUAUUUUUUUUUUUAAGGGUAUUUCCUUGCCCUAGAUAACCAAUUCGAUUAAUAAUAACUAUUUUUUCAUACGCAUCACCAAGGUAAUUCAUAAAUCAACAACAGAUUAAAUUUUCGUGACAAAAAUAUCAUAAACCCUGUGUCAAACUGUCAGCCACCCUUGAGAAAUUGAAUUUCGGAAAUCUGGCAGCGAGGUGCACAUGACCCGUUCAUGCGUUUCUGUAUGUAAAUCUUCAGAUCUCUGCGUACGAUAGAUUCGGCUGUACAUCGCGCACAGAUAAGCAAACAAACAAAUGGACACUUCAUUCUAGAUUCGAUUUCUUAAAAAAAUAUUUUUUUUUGGUGCAAUGAUUUGAAGCAAUUAUAUAGAACUUUAUACUAUUUAACAUAAUAUUAUCUACUAAUUUUAGGACAUAAACACAUUGAAGGAACUUUAUCAUUCGGUGAAUGAUAUUGAUUUGAUGGUGGGGCUGUUAUUAGAAAAACUAAGUGACGGUGCGAUUGUCGGACCAACAGCACAAUGUUUAAUUGCCGAUGGAUUCUAUCGGUUUAAAGUUGGGGAUCGAUUUUUCUACGACGUACAAGGACAGCCCGGAAGCUUUACUCCAGGUACAAACAAACAGUUUAAUAAAAUUAUAUUUAAAAUAAAGAAAUACAAAGUUAAAAAAAAUCUUCUUUGCCUAUCAGAUCAACUAAAGGAGAUUAAGAAAAUUACACUUGGUCAUGUUAUAUGUGCUACAUCGAACGUAGAUCACGUGCAAAAGGAUAUUUUUAAAACGAUCGAUCACAAGUAAAUAGAAAAUUGGUACAUGCUUUUAUUGCUUUUUUCGUAUUAAUAAAUUUGAUAUUUAGAUCGUUCCCGACCAGCAAAAUGAAGUGCGGCAAUGAAUUCUAUAUAGAUUUGACAUAUUGGAAAGAGCCGAGCCAUCACUCAGAUUUGUGAAACAAAUUUUUAUAAUAUCGAUUAUACAAAAUAAUUGUUCUAUAAUAAGAGACGUUCGUCUAUUUUUAAAUAUAUUUUGUUUUUAAAAUAUUUAUAUAUCAUUAUUACUAGACCAUACAAGUUUUUCACAAUAAAAUUAUAAUAAAUGCAUAAAAAAAACACUGUAGUUAAUAUAAUGAAAAUAAUAAUUUUUAUAAUAGAAUUUAACAUGAGUUUCUGUAUUAAAAUCGUGUAAAGUUCAAAAUUCUUUUAUACUUGAAUUUAUGCGUAAUAAAUCUAAAAUAAUUAGUGGACUUUUUAGAUUCUAAGUGAAGUGAGGAAUUAUAUUGGUUUUACAAUGAUGUUUUUUUUUUUUAUAUAUACUGUGUACAAAAAUUCUACCAGAAAUCUUGCUUCUUCGAUAUAAUAAGUGUAGCACCUUUUCUGUAAGGAAAUUUAAUCUGGUUGGAACAUUAAAAAAGUCAUUUUUUGGUUUUUCAAGCAGUUUUCGUAAUAAUUGGGAGAAGUCGUAGGAAAUACGGAAAAAUUUACGAAACUAAUGCUUUUAUUAUAUUAAAUUUUAUUUGUUUUUUGUUAUGUUCGUAGACUUGAAAUUUGGACAGAAAACUUUUAUUUGUCUUUUCUAGAUGUGGUAAAGUGUUCAAUAUAUUUAAGCCAUUUUUGAGCUGUUUAUAGACAUUUUAAUUUUGGAAGUUUUUUUACGUCAUUUUUAUUCGAUAAAUAUUCUAUGGAUAAAACUGUUAGACCAAACAGAAAUACUUGAAAAUGUAAAAGGAGAUUCAUUAUAAGUUGUGCUUAUAGUUAUUAUUAUAUAAAACAUUUCUGGCACCGAUACAAUACCAAAAGCUAAUCUUUUAAAGCGAUAUAUGCUAUAUAUAUAAUGGUGUAAUAAAAUUGAAAAACAUGCUAGAAUUUCAAUCUAACAUUAUAUGAUAAAAUCCGUUUUUGAUGUGUGCCGUGUUAGUGCAGAUGCGUGGAUACGUCUCACUUACGUACACAUUUAUUGAAGGUCAAACUAUGAACGAAUUAUAGUCGUAUUUGCGUACAUAACGUGCGCUCUGAAAUACUUUUAUUAUGUUUCAAUAAAUCAAUAAAAUAUAAAUAAAUAUGUUAAAAAUGUUAUAAAAUACCGGAAAUUUAAUAUGGACUUUUAUACACUGAAUAAAAUUUAGAAGGGAAUAAACAAAAUAAAAAAUAUAUAAAAUUAGACGAGAGAAUCGAACAUAUCUAUUCUUCAAAAGUUUUUAGAAAAUCAUUACUUAGUCAAAUGUCUCA